AGGAAGUAACUGCGCAUCAGAACGCCGGCUGUGACCUGGGCCUUAGCGGUGACCUGGUUUAAGGAGAAGCGGUGGCAGCGGUCGGUCGCUGUUGUUUGGAAAUUUUUGAUUGGGAGUCACCCCUGUGAUUCCAGCUAUGGGUUCCUCCACAUCUACUCCAGCUGCUGCAGUAAAUACCUCAAAUGCUUCUACUCAUCAGGCAGCUUCAUUGCCUUCAGGAUGCCCAAUGCAUGAAAGGCAAAGGAAAGGCUGUCCAAUGACUACAGCAGCAUCUGAUCCAACCAGUGAGAGCAAAGCACAGACUGUGCCCGCCCACCAAGAACGGGCCUAUGAAUACGUGGAAUGUCCUGUUACUGGUGCUGCAGCUAAGGAAAAGGAGAAACUUGAUCCUUUAAACCUGAUGCCGCCACCUAAUCAGACACCAUCCCCAGAUCAGCCAUUUUCUUUGUCUACAUCAAGAGAGGAGUCAUCAAUUCCAAGAGCAGAUUCUGGAAAAAAUUGGGUUUACCCUUCUGAACAGAUGUUCUGGAAUGCCAUGCUACGGAAAGGGUGGAAGUGGAAGGAUGAUGAUAUUAGUCAGAAAGAUAUGUAUAAUAUCAUUAGAAUUCACAAUCAGAAUAAUGAGCAAGCUUGGAAGGAGAUUUUGAAGUGGGAAGCCCUUCAUGCUCAGGAAUGUCCCUGUGGCCCAUCAUUGGUCCGAUUUGGAGGCAAAGCAAGAGAGUAUUCACCAAGGGCAAGAAUUCGUUACUGGAUGGGGUAUGAGUUGCCUUUCGACCGGCAUGACUGGAUCGUCAAUCGCUGUGGCAGAGAAGUUAGGUAUGUGAUCGAUUACUAUGAUGGCGGUGAGGUCAACAAGGACUACCAGUUCACCAUCCUGGACGUGCGUCCUGCCUUUGAUUCUUUCUCAGCAGUAUGGGACAGAAUGAAGGUUGCUUGGUGGCGCUGGACUUCAUAACCACUAUUUUGUUUGUUUUGAAAAACCUGAAACUUCUUUAUUUUCUGAGGAAGAUGUUAUUUCUCCCACACUAAAUGCACUCAUAAUGUAACCAAGGGUACUUUUCAAGUGGGUAAUUGUACUUGAUCUUUGAUUCAACAAAGAAGCCAUGCUCCACUAAAUUUUGAGUCACAUUUUCCAUUGCAGUUGAUAGGUCAUUUGAAGCUUUUUUCCCAUUUGAUAUAAGUGAGAAGUCCCUUACUUUUCCAAUUAACCACAAUAUUUCAUGCUAUUUUCUGUAGACAGUCUGAACAGCCUCUGAGAAAGCAUUUUAAAAAGCACAGAAAUCUCUUUUUAUCCUUACUGUUUUCUCAGGAAUAAUUGAGAUAUAGAACCUGAAAGUGUGAUACUCUUACCUGCCCAAUAUUUUAACUAUAUUCAACAUAAAUAAGAAGCACUUAGUCUUGUUUUAAAAGUAACCAAAAUUUCUAAAAUCCCUACCGUCUACGUUGCAACCCUGAACAAAAUGCAAAACUAUAUAUUAAAUGUACUCUUCCAGAUUGAGAUGUCUAAGUGCAAUUUUCAGACUUGACUUUGAUUGAAAUUUCAACUUUAUAAUACAUGUAAAUUUCAGAAUACUUGGCUUUUCAUUCCUGUUCUAAUAUGUAAUUUAAUGAGAACCUGUUCUCACUGUUCCUGAAAGUUGACAAAUUAUCUUAUGUUAUCCUAUCUCAUUCCACUGUCCCACCAGGAGCUUGCUUCCAUAAAUCUUGAAAGCCAGGCUCCCUUCACAAUCCCAGCAGUGUUCCUUUGACAAAUAAGAUUAUAUUUGGCUACAUGUUAGAAUUCACAAGAAGUACAUUUUUCUCACAUGUGAAAUGUUUGUAUCAAUUCACAAUCAGUUUGAUGUUUAAGCAAGUACUAUGUUUGUGUUGAAAACUGUUUUGCUGGGUAGUGGUGGCACAAGCCUUUACUCCCAGCACUCGGAUGGCAAAUGCAGGUGGAUCUCUGAGUUUGAGGUCAACCUGGUCUACAGAGGGAGUUCCAGGAUAGCCAGGGAAAGCCUGUGUGAAAAAAAAAAUCAAAAGAAAAAUAAAGAAAACUAGUUGUUUUCAAUUUUAAUUAUAGAAGCAUGUUAAAAAUAACUUGUUUUUUCUUAAGUGUUAAUGAAUGAAAAAAUUUUAAUUCAUCCUAAAUUAAAUUAGUGGACAGAGUUGAUGUCUCUGAGUUAUUAAUUUGAUGCAGAUUUCUUUGUUGUAUGAUGCUUCAAAAAUCCAACAUGUGAAAAUAUUUGUAUUUUUUAAAUAAAGCUGAGAGUUAAAAGGUU